AUGGCAUUCGCAACAGACAGUAGGGUUUCCAUUACCGUGCUACUAGUACUAGUGCUAGCGGCAGCAGCUCUUGCUCACAAGGAAGGUGAUGAUCAUGCAACGCCUCCGAUUCGGUCUCCAAAUCCAUUAUCGCCAUCAUCAGAUGGUUCGGGUUCUGCUGAACCGGAGGGUUUAGUUGAUAUAGGUCUAUGUACCAUUCAAUGUGGUGCUAAGUGUUUUGGUCGCAAGGCAUCCCUGAUUUCACCUGAUAAGUUUCGCUUUCCCAAAAUUCAUUUUGGUGGAGCUAUUUGUUUUGGUACAUGCAUGCUAGAGUGCACCAUGAACCAGGGGAAUGUGAAGCCAGAGCUCUAUCAUUGUACACUUGGAUGUGCUUAUAAGUUUGCUGCUAAAACAAAAUUAACUGGUUCAGAUGCUCAUAGAGGGAAUAACUAUUUGGGUUCUUGCUACAACAAGUGCGAGAAGAACUAUCAAGGUUGACAACUUUGGAGAUCGAGUAGUCGUUUCAAACAACUAGUUUGUUUAGUUUCAGAUAAUAACUAGUUUGUCAGAAUAAGUAGUAGUAGUGACAAACGUGAUUACUGAUUAGUCCCCCCAAGUCGAUGUUUAGUAAUUAGUUGAAUUGAUCGACAAUAUUAAUGUCAUUAGUUUUAAUUUUAUUCUCGUU